CCCGUCCCUCUACCCGUACCACAGCGGUCUAGGUAGGACAGAACGUACGCAUGUAUGCGCUGUGCCGCACGUAACCGAAUUGGAGAUGGACGCGGAACUUUAGGGCCGUGUCACGUGACGAAAUUCGUCUGUUCGGGUAAAACGGUGGAGUGCCUUCAAACGGAGCUGACGAACCUCAUUCCCAACGCGCGUACCGUUUCUUCGCAUUUGCGUAGGCACACUGCUUCGAUAAACGAGUUAGGAGCGCCACGGGUGCGCGCGCGGCAUCGGCUGACAGCGUGCGUACGCCGACAUUUUGAGUUGGCAAUGCGACUCUUCCUCUGUGACUGCUUCGUUUCUUCAGUUUCGUUUGUUGUCGCUUUUUCCAUAGAAAGUCUAUCGCUAUGUUUUCCUUUUCCUGGCCAUGAACUUCGCCUCCGAACGGGCUGGUUUGUGCGUCGUCCCGCCCGCCUCCAGACCGCUAUACCGCGGCCGGACAACUGUCGACUCGACUAGUGGUCCGGCUUCUUCUAUGACUUUGUUUUCCAUCCUUCUCUGCAUUUUUUAUCACCUUUGUCUCUCGUACUCGUUCUUCAGAUCACUCGUCUAAAUCUGCCGGACACUGCUCGUCGUUUCGGCGUUGAUGUGACUUACGGGAAAAAGCCAGUUCUUUGCCACCGUGGCGGCGACGCUUGCAUGCGUGGCUGUCAAGUUACCGUACCGGUGCCAUUUCUCUACCUCUCCUUCGUGGAUUAGGUUCUCCUGUCGGGCUGUCCAUUUGCUUUCUGUUUGUCCUCUUCGUCAGUAAUUCACUUCCGCGUAGGCAGAGUGCGUUUCGGCGAUGAGCACUCCGUAGACAUCGACUGUGCCGGAGACUGCGUGGCGAUUGAAGGCAGUUUUAGACAAGGCACUCUCUCUCGAAUUUCUCUUCUCUUUCUCCGUGUUUCCCCUUGUUAUUUCUUGUUGUAUUUCGCUUCUUGUUUUCACAAGUCAAACGCUCACGAAUCGCCGUCGGUGCGUGAUGUACCGUGUCGAGUGUUCGUACACCUCGUGCCGUCGUCGACAACUGACCGGCUGGCAGUUGCUUUUCUUGGGCUUGUCUACGUUUUCCUCCGCCGAUCUCGUCUGCUGCUGUAGCGUCUUCCUUUCGUUUCUAGACCGCUUGUAUCUGCUCACGAGGUUUUCUGUCUUUUCUUUCGACGUGUUCCGUCUCGUGCUCGGCGCACACGAUGUCUCCGUCAAGGAACUCUGCAGGUGGUACCGGGAAGCCACCCGUAUUUCCCGACUCUUCAGAAACAAAUGCGGCAGAUCCGCCCUUCCCACACUCUGCUCCCGAAAGUGAUGAACUGGCGAAUUUGUCCCAGCCCACUCUGCAGCGAGGCGGGGCAGAAACUAGCAGCCGACCUCCCGGGGGAUCCCCAGCAAUAACAGAGUCCGAGCAGGCCGCGGUUGCUGCGAAGAUCCACGCGACGCGCGCCAUGUGGCAGGUGCGCCUCGACGAGAAGAUGGCGAAGCAAGAACAACGCGGAUAUGAUGAAGAGGCGCUGGCGGCUCGGCGCCAAGACGUGCUAAAUCAGCGAGAGACGAAGAGAUUUAUUCGCCACGAAUCGCGGAGUGUGGACUCUGACAGCCCGACGUGGCAGUUGGCGCGAACAGAGAGCAACCUGGAGAGACCGAGAGGAUCGUCGACACCCGAGCCUUCGUCGCCCGCCAGCGGCGGCCGUAGCCCCAGUGCUCCUGACAGAACAUUAACAGAAGAAGAGAAAAUGAAAAAGCAAGAAGAAGAGGACCUCCUCGUCGCUCAGAGACUUCAAGAAGAAGAAGCUCUGGCAGCCUCUGCCGCGGAGGCUGCGCUUUUCGGCGAAGGAGAGGCGACGCAUGCAGCGGGAGAAGGACCGGUGGCGAUCAAUGGCGCGGAGACCGGAGACACUGGAGAGGUGGACAGAGACUUCCUGCUUGCGAUGGAGCUGCAGGAACAGUCACAGAGAGAGGCGCAGCAGGAGUCAGACUCGCUCUUGGCUGCGCUGCUGCAGCAAGAGGAAGCUGCUGCAGCCGCGCCUCCUCGCGUUAUCCCUUCGUGCCUUGGGGACCCUCUGGCGCCUUUCGUCGCUCAACGUGCGGUCCCAGCCUACCACACAGCAGGCGAGGGGCAAGUGAAUCAAAGCGCAGGAGUGCAGAGAAUUCAAACGGUUAACCCCGUGAGCUCAGGGCGACCUCAGACCGGCGACGCGGGCAAGACGGAGAAGCGAAGGGGCUUUUUCUCCCGGAUCUUCGGAAAAAAAGACAAGUCGAACUCCCAGAACACAUUGUCUUCGUCCUCGUCUCGACCCCACUUUCUUUCAAACGAGAGGCAGGUCCCCGCUGGGCGUCCAGAUCUGAUUGCCGCCUUCCAGCCCGCAGGCGAGGCCGCCGUGACCCCUGUCUCCGCGGCGUACCAGACUGUGGGGUCGCCCCAGACUGUCUCUCAAAGCCUGGAGCUCCCGGAGCGCAGAACGGAGAUAGGCCAGGGGGCCAACGGGGAAGAGAGACAGCAGAGACAAGUCGCCCAAGUCGUUCAGACUGUCGAGCCUGCGAGACGCAAUUGCGGACCACAGCCGCCCCCCAGAUAGAAAGGGGAAGCAAGAAGAGCAGAGAGAAGAAGGAGUACGCGGGGUAAGAAGGGCAGAGAGAAGGAGGUAGGACCUCGGGUGAACAGGCGGGAGCCAGAGCGGGGGAGCGGAGCGAGAGUAGGAAAGGCGGUGGACCGGGGACAGGGGAAUUGGUGAGAAGGAGAAUCAGAGAGACCCGGGGCGUCAGAAGUGAGAAGUGGAUGAAGGCGUAGGGUGAGUGGGCAGAGGUGACAUGUGAACGGCAGUGCAUUAGAGAAGAGAUUCGGUAGAGAGGUGACGGAAGAGAGGUGAUGGAAGAGAGAGAGAGAGCUGUCUGAAGUAGGGGGAUGGAGUUUGAGGAGGAGGAAGAUAUAGAGGGGAGCUGAUGGAAGAUGUCAUAAAAAGGCGCAGGAGGUGGAGAUCGAAGAACGAAAAGGAAUUUGGACAUGGGCGUCAAGAAGAAGAGACAACACCGAAGCUCCGUCGUCGAGAGAAAGGGAGAGAGCCUGGUUGUAGGGGAAGGCCCAGCCGAGGAGAAGUAGUGACGGAAUCUUUUCUUUCCGCCGCAGCCUCCAGGGAUGACGCAGUGAACCGAAGCUGUCAAUUCCGCAGAGCUAAAAAGACGAGAAUUAUUAGCAGUGUAUUUUCUCACUACUCGCCUGCACUCUUACUGUCACUCUCUAUUAAAUUGGUGUCACUGGAUGAGCUCAGGUGCAAGGGAGAUCGUCGUAGACACUGAAUCCGGUUGCAUGGGCCUGGGUGUUCUAUUUGACGUAUUUUUUUUAUUUCAAAUGAUAGAUAGGGCAUGUAAGGCCGGAGGUUCUUAACCCGACUCAACGAUUUUAUCUGACGGCGGACUAUCGUUCCUACCUGAGUCUGUCUCAAGAACAGAACUGCACUGACCCGUCGCUGCCACGACGACUGACGAGAAACAGCAAGGCACUGCUGUUCCCACCUUGUGUCCUUACAUCAUAAACAUCGGAGGGUUUCUCUUACACAAAUCCAGUUCGCUUUGCCGCUGCAUGCGAAUCUUGAAUCCGUUGUCAAC